GCCGCGGGCGCGGCUGCGGGAUGCGGGCGGCAGUGGCGGUGUCGCUGUCGCUGUGCUGGCUCUGGGCGGCGGGGCACAGCCUGCCCCGGCUCCGCCUGUCCUACCGCGAGCUUUUAGGCUCCAACCGCUCYGUCCCCUUCUUUGGUCACCGUGGCUUCCUGGGUCUCCGCUCCCUCUACCUGGAUGAGUAUCGUGACCGGCUCUUCAUCGGGGGGAAGGAUGUGCUCUACUCCCUGCUCCUGGACRGGGCCAACGCAGACACCAAGGAGAUCUAUUGGCCACCCCGCCCUGGGCAGACGGAGGAGUGUUUUCGGAAGGGGAAGGACCCCGGGACCGACUGUGCCAACUAYGUCCGAGUGCUGCACCCCUACAACCGGACACACCUGCUGGCCUGUGGGACGGGCGCCUUCCACCCCGUGUGCACCUUCGUCUACGUGGGGCACCGUGGCGAGCACACCUUCAGCCUGGACCCCACCAGCRUGGAGAGCGGCCGGGGCAGGUGCCCGCACGAGCCCAGCCGUGCCUUCGCCAGCAUCCUCAUCGGUGGAGAGCUGUAUGCCGGCCUYACCGCAGAUUUCCUGGGACGCGAUCCCGGGGUGUUCCGCAGCAUGGGGACACGCUCCGCCCUGCGYACAGAGGUGGACCAGCGCUUACUCAACGAUCCCAAAUUUGUGGCAGCCCACUUGAUCCCGGACAAUGAUGACCGGGACAAUGACAAAGCCUACUUCUUCUUCACGGAGAAGGUGGUGGAGGCAGACAGCAAGGAGCACRCCAUUGUCAGCCGCGUGGGGCGUGUCUGCGUGAAUGACGCUGGUGGCCAGAGRGUGCUGGUCAACAAGUGGAGUACCUUCAACAAAGCCCGGCUUGUGUGCUCCGUCCCCGGCCCUGAUGGCAUCGAUACCUACUUUGAUGAGCUGGAGGAUGUCUUCUUGCUGAGGACGAAGGAUGGGAAGAGCCCRGAGAUCUAUGCCCUCUUCAGCACCGUCAGCCAUGUUUUCCGGGGUUCUGCCGUCUGUGUGUACCGCAUGGCUGACAUCCGGGAGGUUUUCAACGGGCCCUUCGCCCACCGGGAGAGCCCCCAGCACCAGUGGGGUGCCUACGAGGGCAGGGUGCCCUACCCACGGCCGGGCGUGUGUCCCAGCAAGACCACGAACCAGCCGCGGCGGCAGUACAGCAGCACCAAGGAUUUCCCCGACGAGGUGCUGCACUUUGCCCGUGCUCACCCCCUCAUGUACAARCCCGUGUACCCCCGGCACCGCCGGCCCCUCCUCGUCAAGACUGACCUGCCCCAGCGGCUGCGCCAGCUCGUGGUGGACAGGGUGGAGGCUGAGGAUGGGCCACACGAUGUCCUCUUCCUYGGGACAGAUGCCGGCUCRGUGCUGAAGGUGGUGGUCCUGCAGAAGACAAGCUCAGCCCCAGCUGAAGAAGUCAUCCUGGAGGAGCUGCAGGUUUUUAAGAUGCCCGUGCCCAUCACCCAGAUGGAGAUCUCCGUCAAGCGUCAAACGCUGUACGUGGGCUCCAGCCUGGGGGUGGCCCAGGUACGGCUGCACCGGUGCGAGUCCUACGGCACGGCUUGUGCCGAGUGCUGCCUGGCCAGGGAUCCCUACUGYGCCUGGGAYGGCACCGCCUGCACCCAYGAGCAGCCCUCGGGCAAGCGCCGCCAUCGCCGCCAGGACGCUCGCCACAGCAACCCUGCGCACCAGUGCCUGGACCAGAACCUGACCGUGGACGAUUUUGAGAGUGUUGAGGAGAAGGUGCUUUACGGGGCAGAGGACAACAGCACGUUCCUGGAGUGCGUGCCACGGUCCCCGCAGGCCAGCGUGCAGUGGUUUGUGCAGAGGCCCCCUGACGAGCAGCGGGAUGAGGUGAAGACGGACGAGCGGAUCCUGCAGACGGAGCACGGGCUGCUGUUCCGCAAGCUGCACCGGCACGACGCCGGCAUCUACUACUGCAAAACGCUGGAGCACGGCUUCACCCAGACCGUGGCCAAGACAGUGCUGGAGGUGAUUCCCGGAGAGCAGCUGGCACACAGCUUCCCCCGGGGCCGGGGGGAUGAUCUCCCGCACCUGCUGUGCCCCGAGCCCCGGCUGGCCCCACAGCCUCCCAAAACCUGGUUCAAGGACAUCAUGCACCUCAUCAGCUCCCAAAACCCACGGCGCGUGGAGGAGUACUGUGCCCGCCUCUGGUGCAGCAGCCGCCCCCAGCACCGCAAGAGCAAACUGGCCCAGGCCAAGCUGCUGCUGGCYGGCGUGGACGUGGCCAAGAAGGGCCGGCCGGCCAGAGCCCACAGUGAGAGGAACCGCGUGCCCCGGCAAGCACCGGCCACCUAGAGAGGGGAGAGCGAUGGCGUGGGGUGGCUGUGGACCAGUGCCAGCUCCCCGUGCUGCUGGUGGCCCCRGGGCCUCCUGCCCUCGUGGGUGGCUUGCAGUGCUGCCAGCCCGGUCCCCCUGGCCRGAGUGGAUGGGCAGGUCCCUGUCACCCACGGUGGCUGCAGGGUCACCUCCCAAAAGGGCAGUUUGGCCCCCCUUGCUCUUGCAGGUGCUCUGGCAGCUGGGGGCCGUGGUCCCUGGCUGGGUUGGGGCAUGGCAGUGCGGUGCCACCCAGGCUGUGCUGUCACCCAGGUGCUGGCUGGAUCCCUCAGUGAACAAUGGGGUGACUGUGGUGYCGGGGGGAGCGGCUGAUGGCUCCAGGCUCUUUCCACAGCAGCACAGAGCYUGGGGAAGGUGAUGCCUGCUCUUAYGGGGGGAAAAYCAGCAUYAUCCCAAAAAGCCCCUGUGUCCAGGAGGAGCCCUGUCACCCGCUGARCGUGGGGAGCUGGAGCUCUGUGCCACCCAGGGCAAUGCCCUAGGGGACAGAGCCCCUUCCUGCCUUCCCUUGGCACUGGGAUCUGCUCAGCAGUGCCAGUCUGUGUCUGGGUGCAGCUUCCCACUCCCCCCUGUUCCCCCCCACAGCCACAGUUUUAGGGCUGGACAGGGUUGGGGAGAAAAGCAAACGGCUGCGGGCAGGUUAGACCUGUUCCUGGGUAAACACUGGGAGAGGCACCAAUGCCAYCACUGUCACUGUGCCCAGGUGGGAGCAGGGACAGGCACGAGGCAGCCCCAGCACAGUUUGGGGGGCUGCASCACAGCYGAGGUGGUUUCUGCUGG